AUGAUUCGACAUUGCGGUCUCCUAGAAUUCCCUUCUCUUGGGGAUAAUCUUUCGUGGCGCGGAUGGCGCGACAAGAAACCAAUACGAUGCCGGUUAGAUCGGGCCCUCGCCAAUGAGGAAUGGCAUGAUAUGUUUAAGGAUUCUUUUACCGAAUACUUAACAAUGAUUGCAUCGGAUCACAAACCCAUAAUUGCGGUUAUUGAAGAUAAGGUACAUAGGGGGCGAAGCGGUUUUCGUUUUGAUAGACGUUGGCUUGAUAAAGAAGGUUUUUAUGAUGUAAUAGCUGACGGGUGGGACACAAAUAAGUCUGCUACUCCCACUUUGAUAGAUAAGAUUACCACAUGUCGGAGGGCGAUCUCUCGUUGGAGAAAGGCACAAGUACCUUAUGGGAGAGAGACAAUUGAGGAUCUAAAAGCUAAAUUAGCGGCAGCACAGGAAAAUGAUGCCACUACGGUGGAUGAACUUGCGGAACUCACUUGGAAAUUGCGGGAGGCGUACAGGGAUGAGGAAGUGUAUUGGUAUCAGAAAAGUAGAAGCCGGUGGAUGAAACUUAGGGAUCAUAAUACCGGGUACUUUCAUGCUCAAACGAAGCAACGGAGAGCUCAGAAUCGUAUUGUGGGUCUUCAUGACCAGCAGGGUGUUUGGACGACGGAGGAGAGUGGUGUCCAAAAUAUUGCGGAAUCUUAUUUUUAG